AUGAGUCGCGCGCCUCUCCAAGUGCUGCCGGUUCUGCUCGCGUGCACGCUGUACCUGCACCCUCAUCAGCUCAGGGUAAUGGCUGCAAAGGAGAACGACAGGUCAUCAUCACGAGGUUCUUCAUUAACCAUGUCACCUUCUGAUUUUCUGGAUAAACUGAUGGGGAAAACGUCAGGAUACGAUGCACGCAUCAGACCAAACUUUAAAGGGCCUCCAGUAAACGUCACCUGCAACAUUUUCAUCAACAGCUUUGGCUCCAUCACUGAGACCACCAUGGAUUACAGAGUGAAUAUCUUCCUGCGUCAGAAGUGGAAUGAUCCUCGGCUGGCCUACAGCGAGUACCCAGACUCUUCUCUGGAUUUAGAUCCCUCCAUGUUGGAUUCCAUCUGGAAACCUGAUCUGUUCUUUGCUAACGAGAAAGGAGCUAAUUUCCAUGAUGUCACCACUGAGAACAAACUGCUGAGGAUUUUUAAGGAUGGAACCGUUCUCUACAGCAUUAGGUUGACGCUGAUCUUGUCGUGUCCGAUGGAUUUGAAGAAUUUUCCCAUGGAUGUUCAGACGUGCAUCAUGCAGUUGGAGAGCUUCGGCUACACCAUGAACGAUCUGGUGUUUGAGUGGUUGGAGACGGCACCAGUGCAGGUAGCUGAUGGGCUCACGCUACCCCAGUUCAUCAUCAGAGAAGAGAAAGAGCUUGGAUACUGCACUAAACACUACAACACGGGUAAGUUUACAUGUAUCGAGGUGAAGUUCCAGCUGGAGAGACAAAUGGGUUACUAUCUGAUCCAGAUGUACAUCCCCAGUUUACUCAUCGUCAUCCUGUCCUGGGUUUCAUUCUGGAUCAACAUGGAUGCUGCACCAGCUCGCGUGGCCCUCGGUAUCACCACUGUUCUUACCAUGACCACCCAGAGCUCCGGAUCCAGAGCUUCACUGCCAAAGGUCUCGUAUGUAAAGGCUAUAGAUAUCUGGAUGGCUGUGUGCUUGCUCUUCGUAUUUGCUGCAUUAUUGGAAUACGCUGGUGUCAAUUUUGUCUCCAGGCAGCAGAAAGAGUUUCUCCGACUCAAACGAAGACAGCGACGAAAUCUCAAGGAAGAGGAGCUCAGAGAUGGACGUUUUCAUUUGACCGGCUAUGACAUAGCUACCUGCGUGAAGGACGGCAUCAUGACUAAAGUCGACAGUGCCAUCCAGCAGACGUCAGUGGAGAACAACAGGAAAAAGUUUGUGGACAGAGCGAAAAGGAUCGACACCAUAUCAAGAGCAGCUUUUCCUUUAGCGUUCCUGAUCUUCAACAUCUUCUACUGGAUCACCUACAAGAUAAUCCGUCAUGAAAGCUCUGCUCGAGUGUAGCGGCUUCAGUGAGGUUUAAUCAGGAGGAAUAAACAUGUUGUGAUCCUUCACCAAGGAAAGCAGCAAUGAGGAAGAGUUGGGAGGAGUGUG